UUCCGGCCACGUGACACAGGUUUGGCUGCGUGCGACUUCAGUGAGGUUGCGGAAACGGAAAGGAAGAGGAGGUCGUCUCUUCUACUAAGUUGUAAACAAUGGGUGGCGGAGAUUUGAAUCUGAAGAAAAGCUGGCAUCCACAAACCCUCAAAAAUAUUGAAAGAGUUUGGAAAGCUGAGCAAAAACAUGAAGCCGAGCAGAAGAAGAUCAAUGAGUUACAGAAGGAGCUGCAGCAAGAACGUGCCCGUGAGGAGAUGCAGCGAUAUGCUGAGUCGACAGGGGCUGUGAAGAAAAAAGACGAUCGACUUGAUUGGAUGUACCAUGGACCAGGAAGUCAUAUAAAACAAGAGGAAUACCUGAUGGGACGCCCAGUUGACAAAUAUAUCUUUGAAAAGUAUGAGCAAAAGGAAUCUGGACCAUCGGAAGAGACUGGAUUGUUACCAGGGACCAUCUUUUCUACAAAUGCUUCUAAUUCUGUGCAGGAUUUGGCAGCCAAAAUCAGAGAAGACCCCUUGUUUUUGAUUAGAAAACAGGAAGAGGACCGAAAAAGAGAAGUUCUAAAAAAUCCAGUGAAAAUGAAGAAAAUCAGGGAAAUGCUACAGCAAAAUCUUAAAAAGAAAUCCAAAAAGAAGGAUAAGAAAAAGAAACACAAGAAGCGACAUGGAAAGAGUUCAGACAGUGAAAGCUCCAGCAGUGAGGACGAACGAUUUACCAAGAAGUCUCAUACGAGGAAAAGGACACCUUCACCUGUGAUUCAUAAAGUCCCAGGCUAUGGCCUACAGGUUUCUGAUCGCAAAAAGUCUUCUGUUGACAAUUUGCCAUCUUCAUAUCGCCAGACAGAAGAAAAAUCUAGAGGCAGCUCUAGAAGCAGCCCUGAAUCCUGCCCUCCUAAAGUACUGAAGCACUCUGACACCAGAGACCACAGAGAACACACAGCCAGUCUGAGUAGUAGAAGCAGUAAUAAUUAUAGGCACAAUGGCAAAAGCUCAUCUCCUCCAAAGCAGACGUAUCAUAGGCGGCCCAAUUCAAGUUACACAAAGAAACUAUCUGCAGAAGAUUUAGAACGAAAGCGAAAAGAGAUGAUGGAGUUUGCAAGUUGGCGGGACAAAGAAAGGGUUAGCAAUAUUGAAAGAUACAAAAGGCAAGAUGAGAAAGAAAGAGAAGUGGAAAGAAAGGACACAAGGGAUGGGAAGUUUAUUCACGAAAUGAAACUGGAGAGCGCAUCAACAUCUUCAUUAGAGGACCGAGUUAAGAGGAAUAUCCACUCCAUUCAGCGGACUCCAGUGGCUUUAGAGAAAAACUUUAUGAAGCGGUAGCAGGUGCACCUCUGACCAAAAUAUUUAUGUAAAUAGAUUGUUGGAUAGGUUAAUUGUCAUACAUAAACCUAGAUUCUGAAAAAAUGUGUGUGUACAAAUUUAAAAACUGAAGUCCAUGUUUAAAUAACAGUUUAAGAUGAAUAAUCCUGGCCCGUGUAAAUGGUUAAUGUAUAAAUAAAAAAAUCCAUAUGCAAAACAGUUUAUUAAGUUAUAAACAUCAGGGCAACUUUUUUAUAUUUAUAUGUGUACAUACAGUAUUGAAAUAUAUUCAGUUUGUCAUGGUCUCAUUUAUAGCUUUUGCUAACAGCAGCAAUCAAUGAAGGAGCAAAAUACAGCAGCUUAUGACUUUAAGUUUAUUUUUUGGAAAACUAAAUAUGAGUAUGACAAAAAUGAGUUUUUUACUUUUUAGAGUAUUUAAAUAGUAGCUGCAAAUAGUUUUUUUUUAAUUUGUAAAAUAAUUUUGAUAACCUACAGUACAAACAUCUUUAAAAGUAAAACCAUAUUUUCUAAAUAUCCACCAUUUAUGCAAUAUUUGUGUCCAGUUCUAUGAAAUCUGGAAAUAAAUUGUUUUAAGCAUUAUA